AUGAGUUGUAGUCGUAAAUCUUCUCAAUACAUACGAGGUGUAGGGUUAUUCAUAGAGUUUGUGCAUAAAUAUGGUGGCGAAAGCACAUUAUUCUUGCGCCCUUGUAGACGUUGCAAGAAUAGUAAAGGAUUAGAGUCGCUUAGUAAAAUUUCAUUUCAUUUACUCAGACAUGGUAUUGAUUUGACAUAUACUCUGUGGCGUUUUCAUGGGGAAAGCUCACUAGCAGCUGAGAGGUUAGGAGGUAUAGCUUCCAGUGUAGGAGCAGAUGCAGCUGCGACUGUAGGAGAAGAUGUAGCUGACAAUGUAGGAGGAGAUUUAGCUGAAAAUGUAGGAGGAAAUGUUGCUGCUAAUUUAGGAGGAAAUGUAGCUGAUAACUUAGGAGAUGUAGCAUCUGAUCAUAUAAUCCAACCUGAUGUAGAAGGUGUAGAUGAGAAUGGUGGAUUACAUGAUACUGUUCAUUGUCCUGCUGAAACCAGCCACAGUAGGAAGCAUGAAUCUGCAUAUGACCGUGCUAGGGCACCAUUGUACAAUUCAUGUCCAUCAGGAAAGACAACAUUGAAUGCUGCUGUAAAACUGAAUGACAUUAAGACCCAGUAUGGGUUUUCAGACAACGGUGUCACUGCACUUUUAGAAAUGAUGAAGGAGUUUCUUCCCGAAGAAAAUACACUCCCAGCUAAGUACCCUGAACUAAAAAAGAUGAUCCAAGAAUUAGGAAUGGAUUAUAUAACUUACGAUGCAUGCAUAAAUGACUGCAUUUUCUAUUGGAAAGAUAAAAGUGAAAUGGUUAAGUGUCAUGUUUGUAAUGAACCUAGGUAUAAGAAAGUUUUCAAUGAGGAGAGAAAACUUACUAAAGUCGCUCAAAAGAAUUUAAGACACUUUCCAUUAAUUCCUAGGCUGCAGCGGCUGUACAGCAUGUCAUGGAUAGCAGAGUUAAUGCUUUGGCACUUUACAGCUCAGUCAGAUAUCAAUGUUAUGCGGCAUCCUGUGGACUCCUCAGCUUGGCGAUGUGUUGAUAGAUUUUCGCCAGAGUUUUCUAAGGAGCCGCGUAAUGUGACCCUUGGGAUAUCAACAGAUGGUUUCAACCCAAAUGGGUUUUUCGAUACUAACCACAGCUGUUGGCCGGUAGUUGUCCAGCCAUACAAUCUCUCUCCUUCCUCGUGUAUGAAGCGAGAAUUCUCGAUAUUGCUGUUGUUGAUAUCUGUCCCCAGAGCACCAGGUAAAGAUAUAGAUGUUUAUUUAGAACCUCUGAUAGAAGAGUUAAUAAUGUUAUGGAAUGAAGGUGUGUUAACAUAUGAUAGCUUUAGCAAAACAGAAUUUGUAAUGAGAGCAAGGUUGUUAUGGGAUAUACACGAUUAUCCUACAUUAGGUACUUUACCUGGAUGUGUAACGCAUGGGUAUUUAGCUUGUCAUCACUGCGGAGAAGGAACGCGUUCAGACUAUCUGUCGUUUAGUAGGAAAAUAUGUUAUAUGGGACACCGUAGAUGGCUGCCAAUGGGACACAAAAUUCGAGAUGAUAAGACCAAUUUUGAUGGAGUUGUAGAGCAUGGUACAGCCCCAUGGCCACUAUCUGGAUUACAGAUUCAACAGAAGGUAGCUAAUUUGAAAACUAAACAUGGUAAAGGAAAACCACCAGCAGAACCAAGUAAGAAACUUAAACGGAGAGCUGCGGAGGACAAUGAAGAAGAUGAUGAUGUAGAAGAAGAGGUUCGUGAAGAAAAGAACAUAACUGAGCAUCUACUUAACACCAUAAUGGGAAAUGGCAAGUCGAAAGACAGCCUUGGUGCACGUCAAGAUCUGGAAGCUAUGGGGGUUAAAAGGAAAUUAUGGUUGAAAGUGGAUGAGGUGACUGGUAUAACCACAAUGCCAGAUGGAGCUUUCGCAAUGUCAAGAAAGGAAAAAGUUGCUUUUUGUACAAUUCUGAAGAACUUAAGGGUGCCGAGCAGUUUUUCUUCCAACUUUCGCAACAACGUCAACAUUAAUCCUCCAGAGCUAAGGAAUUUCAAGUCGCAUGAUGAUCACGUCACAAUGCAAUAUUUGCUGCCAUUGUUGGUUCAUGUAGCUACUUUAAUGCCAAAAGAUCUGCGAGUUGCUCUUCUCCGUAUCAGUACAUUCUUCAGGAUUCUGCUGAUGAAAGGAUUCAAGGGGUUGGUGCGCAACAGGAGGUACAUUAAGGGUUGCAUCGCCAGAGGGUAUAUCACGCGAGAAGAUAGAUUAUGUUUCAUGGAAAAUGUGUCAGUAAAUGGUGAAGGUACUCACAAACAUACUCGACAAGCUUUUUUAGAUGAUGACGAUGAGUUCGCUGAUGAGAUGCCGUUAAGUAAGCGUAAAAACAUCACUUUGACUACGGUAAAGUUUGAACAAGCUCGCAACUGGGUCCCAUCCAAGUUUUUUGGGAUAAAUGACUGGAAAAGGAAGUAUGCUGCCUAUAUUAACAGUCGCAAGCCUCAUGGUCCAAGAAACGUGAUGAGGUUUGUUAUAGGUUUUGUGACAAUAAUUGGGUUAGAUUUUGGUUAG